GGAGAUGGGAGAGUCUGCAAUGAUGGAGAACUCAAAUGGCUGCAAUGUGCUUGAGCUUAAAGUGAAGAGAGGAGAGCCAACACUGGUUCUUCCAGAGGAGCAAAGCAACAACAAUUAUAAAGGUCUCUACUUUCUUUCAAAUCUGGACCAGAACAUUGCUGUGAUUGUUCGUACUAUUUACUGCUUCAAAUCAUCAGAAGAUCAGAAACCAAAUGAAAAUGCUGGUGAAGUGAUCAGAAAUGCAUUGAAGAAGGUUCUUGUUCAUUAUUAUCCGCUCGCUGGGCGGCUAGCAAUCAGCGAGGAGGGAAAGCUUGUCAUAAACUGUUCCCAAUUACAAGGAGUUGUUUUUGUUGAGUCUGAAGCAUAUUGUGAACUUGAAGAGGUUGGAGACAUAACAAAACCUGAUCCGGACAACCUUAGGAAGCUGGUUUAUGACAUUCCUGGUGCAAAGAACAUACUAGAGAUGCCUCCUAUGGUUGCACAGGUGACAAAAUUCAAAUGCGGAGGCUUUGUUCUUGGGCUAUGCAUGAAUCAUUGCAUGUUUGAUGGCAUUGGUGCUAUGGAGUUUGUGAACUCAUGGGGAGAAACAGCUAGAGGCUUGCCCUUAACUGUCCCUCCAUCUCUAGACAGGACAAUACUCAAAGCUAGAAACCCACCAAAGAUAGAAUUCCUACACCAAGAAUUCUCUGAGAUCAAAGACAUUUCCAUAACCACCAACAUUGGCCAUUAUGAAGAAGAUGAUAAAUUUGUCUAUGAGUCCUUCUGUUUCAACCCAGAAAAGCUCGAGAAGCUAAAGAUAAAAGCCAAGGGAAACAAUGCCGGCCUAGGAAAAUGUUGUACAACAUUUGAAGCUCUCUCUGCGUUUGUUUGGAGGGCUAGAACAAAGGCUCUCGGAUUGGAUCCUGAACAAGACACAAAGCUCCUUUUUGCUGUUAAUGGGAGACACAAGUUUAGUCCUCCAUUGCCAAAAGGGUACUUUGGAAAUGGCAUUGUGUUGACAAAUUCCAUAUGCCAAGCAAAAGAACUGCUGGAAAAGCCAUUGUCGUUUGCUGCAGGAAAGGUUCAGGAGGCAAUCAAGAUGGUGAACGAUGAUUACAUGAGAUCGGCCAUUGAUUACUUCGAAGUGACAAGAGCGAGGCCAUCUUUGGUUUCCACGCUUCUGAUAACGACCUGGUCUAGGUUGUCGUUUUACAGCACAGAUUUUGGAUGGGGAGAGCCUGUUUUGACAGGACCAGUGGCAUUGCCAGAGAAGGAGGUGAUCUUGUUUUUGUUACAUGGGAAAGAGAGGAAGGGUAUCAAUGUGCUUUUGGGUCUUCCUGCUCCUGCCAUGAACAUCUUUCAAGAACUUAUGAAAAUUGUCUAAAAUGCUUGAGAAUAUAUUGUGUGGUGCUCUUAUUAAUUUCUUGUACGAUAUCCUUGUGGGUUAGUAUAUCAAAGAAAAAAUAAGCAUGGUUGAGUUUGCUCUUACCAAAAAGUAUGAGCAUUCUUUUAUUUUUCCAAUGGCUUAUGGGCGCUUGGCAUUUCAAAUAGAUUAGACAUUGGGAUGCUGAACGUUGCAUAUUUAUAUAUCAUUAUAUAUAAAUUAAGCCCUAUGAAUUGGAGGUGGACUAGGUUCUUUGCUUAGCUUUGAAAUCUAUUGAGAUGGUCUAUCUGUGUCUGGUCUAAAUCUGUUUUUUGCUUUGUCAGCUGUCAAAUUUCAAGUCGCUAAUUAUUUUACUGCUGAUUGUGCUUGAUUGGUCUAUAUAUAAGAGAAUAAAUUUAUGUGGGGCACAUGUUCUAGAGGGCUCAAAUUCUUGAGAUAUUCAUGACUUUAAUACUUAUAGUUUUCUAUAAUCUCUUGACAUUUAUUGGGUUAUUAAUGGUGGGUUUGAUAGCAGAGGAGAGCUUAAAAACAUGCUUAUGAUUUUACCUUGAGGAUGAUAUCUGAAGCCAAAUUGUCUUUGUUAUCAAAAUUAUAUGUGGUGUUGAUCUUUCAACAUUUUGGAUUUUUUGAAUUACUUUUACCCUCUUAGUGU